GUUUCAGCUUCACCAUCCAGGCCGCCUUCGCUGCCCAACUCAUUUCUGCCUUCACCAUGGUGAACGUUCCCAAGACUCAGAAGACCUACUGCAAGAACAAGGCGUGCAAGAAGCACACCUUGCACAAGGUUACACAGUACAAGAAGGGCAAGGAUAGUCUUGCUGCUCAGGGAAAGCGUCGUUAUGAUCGCAAGCAAUCUGGUUAUGGAGGUCAGACCAAGCCAGUCUUUCACAAGAAGGCCAAGACUACCAAGAAGAUUGUUCUAAGGCUCCAAUGCCAGGGAUGCAAGCAUGUUUCUCAGCAUCCAAUCAAGAGGUGCAAGCACUUUGAGAUUGGUGGAGACAAGAAGGGAAAGGGAACAUCGCUUUUAUAAAUGGAGUGUUUUUGGUUUUAUUUUAUGCUGCUGUCCUUUGUUGGAUAUUUUAAUCUAAUAUGGAAGAUUUGUUUUAAGAUUUUGU